UGAGUCAACAAUCCAUUUGUCUCUUUAUUUAAUACACAAGAACUGAGGUUAGCUGAAAUGGUAAGUUCCCAGCCUCCUUAUACUAGCAUAACUUGUUUUUCUGGAUUCCACCCUUGGGCUUUUCUUGGGGCCCAGCUAUCUGGCCCAAUCCUCGGUUUGGAACAAAUAGCUACCUUUGGAAUGCAGUGUUGGCACAACAAUCUGAGUUAUGUGGUGAUUUUUAACAGGGUAAAUGGAGCUUUCACUUCCCAGAUUUCAUAGAGGCCAUCUGGCUUGGAGCAGGCCACCAUGACCAGCCAGUCUCAAGGGAUCCACCAGCUCCUUCAGGCAGAAAAAAGGGCCAAGGACAAGCUAGAUGAAGCAAAACAGAGAAAAGGGAAAAGGUUGAAACAAGCUAAGGAAGAAGAAAUGGCAGAAAUCGACCAGUACCGAAUGCAGAAGGAUAAAGAGUUUCAACUGAAACAACCUAAGAUAAUGGGCUGUCAGAGUAAUCUCGCAGAUGAAAUAGAACAGCAAACUCUAGGGAAGAUACAAGAACUGUGUGGAAGCUACAACAAGCACAUGGAAAGCCUGAUGAACCAGCUUCUGAGUAUGGUCUACAACAUGAAGCCAGAAAUCCAUGUGAACUACAGACCCAGCAACUAAAUGAGCACCAUCAUCUUCAAUAAACUGUGUAUGUAUGCUGCCCGGUUGCUUAUGCCUUCAGGUUUAUAUUAAGGAAUUUAAAACGUUAAUCUUAAAUUUACUGGAUAUCUACUGAUGUCAAUGUAACAGUUUGCAUGU